CUCAAAACAUUUCCUUUUCAAUUCUGCAUGCAGCAGUGAGCGAGAUGUUGGUUUUACCAAUAACUCCGUGGUUUAGCAGAUGAAAUUGACUGACUUAAGCUAGGCCUAUGUAUAGAUUUGAAAUCAAGCUAUAAUAAUAAUAGAGUGGGAAAUUGCCUCCUAGUCCAAGUGUAAGAGACAUCAAAAUAUUAAAGUGUUCUGUUGUCAUCCAAGUCUAUAAAUGGGUAAAAAGACCAAAAAGGAAAAUGAUGCUCCCCCUAAGGAUGUGUUUGACCCUGUGGCAAUUGAAAGUAAGAAGGCGGCCACCGUAGUGUUGAUGUUGAGUAGUCCUGAGGAUAGUAUUUUAAUCAAAGGUUGUGAAGCUCUAUAUAAAUAUGCAGAGAAAUGUGAUGAAAAUAAAGCGUUGUUGAUGGAGCUCGGCGCAGUGCCUCCUCUUCUGCAGCUCAUUAUGUCAGUAGAGAAGACCGUUCGUCGAAAUGCCACCAUGGCUCUAGGGGUUUUAUCAGGACAUGCUGAUGUGAGAAGAUUACUGAGGAAGGCAGACUGCAUCCCAAAUAUUAUCAAACUUCUGGGGCCAGAGGAAGAAACUUUAGUCCAUGAGUUCUCCAGUCUGUGUCUGGCAAACAUGGCACAAGAAUUCAUCGCAAAAGAGCAGAUCAUGGAGAAUGAUGGUUUGGAUCCUUUGAUCUUGCUGCUCUCAGACUCGGAUGCAGAUGUCCAGAGAAAUUCAGCAGAAGCUAUAUAUUUACUCCUGCAGGAUUACUCUUGUCGCUCUGUCAUCAGAGAUCUUGGUGGAUUACCACCAUUAUUAGAAUUGCUCAAGUCAGAAUAUCCAAUCAUCCAAGAGACCGCCCUCAAGUGUUUGAUAAGUUGUACCCAAGAGUUGGAGAACAGAGAAGCAAUGAGGGAGAUUGAAGGUCUAGAGCGUCUUGUUGAUUUCAUAGGAAAUAAGGAAUGGGAAGAGUUACAUGUUCAUGCUCUGCUGGUGAUGGCUAACUGUCUGGAAGAUGUGGAGAGCAUGGAACUUAUCCAGAGCACAGGAGGUCUACAAAAAUUGAUGGCAUUUGCAGCUGAAUCACAAGUUCCAGAAGUUCAGAGCUACACAGCCAAAGCCAUGGCAAGAGCAGCCAGAAAUAGUGAGAAUUGCAAGAUAUUUCAUGAACAGGACGGGGAGAAGACUUUAAUAGUUCUGCUGGAAGUUGAAAAUGCCCAGGUGCAGACCUCAUGUUGCCAGGCCCUUGCCAUCAUGGCUGAGAACCCUCUAUGCAGGAGCACUAUCUAUGAGUAUGAUGGAAUUGGACCAAUUGUGAAACUCCUUACCAAUGAAGAUGGAGAUGUGCGCGAGGCUGCCUCACUAGCAAUAGCAAACCUUACAACUGCCUUGAUUCAGAAUUGUGUUGAGGUAUCCGACAGAAAUGGAAUCAGUCCACUUAUCGAGUUGCUUAGCGACAGCAAGGAAGGAGCUCAGGCUAAUGCUGCCUCUGCUUUAACUAACUUGGCCACAGAUGAAAUUCUCCGCACGGAAACCUUAGGGAAAGGGGUUGUCGGUGCUCUCAUCACUCCAAUGCAGUCUUCGAAUACCAAUGUGCAGAGCAAAGCAUUAUUAGCACUUGCUUCAUAUCUAUGCGAUGCUGAGGCUAAGACACAGUUCCGUGGACUUGGAGGUCUGUCUCCGUUACUGAAGCUACUUCAGUCUAACAACGACGAAGUGAGACGAGCAGCCUCCUGGGCUGUUGUAGUUUGUGCCAGUGAUCCCCUCAUAGCUACAGAGCUUUGUAAGAUAGGUGGGCUGGAAGUUCUACAGAAUAUACAGCAGUCAAGCACAAAGCAGAACAGCUUCAGUGACUCUGCUUUAGAGAGGCUUUUAGAUAAUGCACUAUCAGCAAAAUAUGCGCUAACAGGACAACUUUCUUCAUGUGAUGUCAUCACUGAUGGAUUCUAUGACGUGGGCAAGAUGCGACCUGGCUCCAAGUUCAUGACACUUGAGGAGUUAAGUCAAGUCGAGGUCAACCAGAAGCGACCUAUACUACUCGUCAACUUUACGCCUUCUAGAAGUGUACCCCCAUCACCUGUGCCUGUAUUGUCAGAUUCCGAUGUCAAACAAGAUUCUAAGACCCAAGUCAGUGGCAGAUCAUCGAGAGCUUUAAUUAAAGGUGCAAUGAUGUUUGCUAAUAGGGCCAAAAGAGAGAGCAAGAAGGAGAGAGAAGAACGUGAGUUACGUGAACGUUUGGAGGCUGAGCGAUUGGAAGAACAGCAGGCUCUUCUGGCUCAGCAACCACCUGCAUUUGAACCGCCCUCUGAUCCUAAAUUAGAAGAAUAUCUCAAUGAUGUUGUUUUGCAUAUUGCUCCACUGCCGACAACCAGAGAGCAGGUUGUAAGCCUAGCACAAUUUGUAAGUGAUAAAAUGGGUGGAAGUAUUGAAAGAGGGCAACUCUCAAGCUUUAGUUAUGAAUUACCUAUCAGCCAACUGAAGUACGACCUGCAGAGUAACGUGAUUCAGAUCGGAAAAGUAACAACCGGCAUCCACUACCACCGGGCACUCUUGUUCAAGGCCCUGGCUGAUCGUAUUGGUGUUGCAUCAACCUUAACUAGAGGUGACUACAACAGGGCCUGGAAUGUUGUAAUGCUGGUGGAUGAUGAAUCUGUGGAGGGAAUUGCUCCCCGUUUCCCACCAAAAGCUUUCAUAAUCGAUUUGAUUCAUGAACCAGGAAGACUCAUGAGAUCUGACUCAUCCGAUGCAGUUACAUAUCAGAGCAUAUAGUAGAAGUCCUUUUGUUAUUAUUUAUUAUUAUAAUAACUCUGAUGAGGUACCUAUUAAAUCAUUUCAUAACUGUGAAAUCUGGUUGACUUGAAAGUAAAUUUUAAGUUGCAAUUUGAUCAGCGAGCAUAAUUUCAGGUACUAAACUGUCAUUUAUGAAGCCUCAAGUUUCAUUGUCAAUUUGCGUUUUGAAAAUUCUCGUCUUAAAUCAUGUGAAUUUUGUUGGAACAUAUCAGAAGCAAUGUGAAUAAUCUGACUGGGUGUUUAAGAAUGUUGAAGUUGAAUGAAAUGAAAACAAAAGCACAAGCUUCUGGAGAGUGGGGCCAUAAUAUUCACCAUCCUAAACUCAGAUUUUAAUAUGCUUAUUCAGAAUUCAAAGAUUUUAAAAUUUUAUACUGGAGAAAAAUUGCACCGUGUGGAAGCUAUGCUUUUACUCUGUAACAUAAAAGGAGUAACUCUAGUCUUUCAUACCAAACAAAAGCAGAAUCUUUUUGAGCCUAAAGACCUCAUCGUCUGCGGCAGUAUCUACCAACUACAAUGAUGAAACCGUCAGCAAGUAUAUACAGUAUAUGCUAUAGGUCUAUACAUGUAGGUAAACAAAUGGUUUUACAGCAGAGGUGACGUCAGGAUUGCCUGAUGGGAGAACGAUAUUCAUGACGAGAGCAAAGUGGGUGUGAUUGUGCAUUUAGACAAAGCCCUGUAAAAAUAUAACAAUCUUGGGGUUUCAAAGGCUGAAUUCAUAGCUUUUAAGCUUAAUGAAUAUAGAAAAUACAUUCCACCCCCCCCCUCCCCAACAAAUUGUGGUUUUUACUUCCCAAUUGGAGGAAGUUUUCCCUGAAAGUCACCCCCCUCUCCUGCAUGUUUUUCGACAUAUAAACUUGUCAAAGAACACACAGCACAGAAACAGAAACUAACAGAUGCUAUUUAAUCACAGCUCAAAAAUUGUCUAGAUUAUCAAACACACCCAAAUCUGCUGUAAAUAAACUACACUACAAAUCCACAUAUUGAGGUGCUGCUGAAAAAUGGGGCAUACAGUAUCUGAGAUGGAGCGAGUAUGUAAAAACACAGCUAGUUCCCUCUCCUCCUCAUCGCCACAACAUUUCUUCCUCCCCACCCCUCUCCUAUGCUAAUUCCCUGGAAACGUCACUGACCAAAUGCACGGAAACAGCAGAUAUAAGGGACCGGAAACAGCAGAUAUAAGGGACCGGAAACAGCAGAUAUAAGGGACCGGAAACAGCAGAUAUAAGGGACCGGAAACAUCUUCAAUUGUGUUCGUUGAUCAAAACCAAACAUUUCAUAAUUGUUGUUUUACUUUAUUACUAUUAUUAUUAUUAUUAUCAAGCUCCGGUGACAAGCCAGUUCUUUUUUUUUUUUUUUUGCUUUAAUAGCCGCUUUAGAAAUGUGUUUUAUGAUUAUUAUAUAUUAUUAUUGCUAUUAUUAUUAAAAUAUUAUUAUUGUUAUUAUUACUAUUAUUAUUAUUAUUAUUAAACUGUUAUUAUCCAGAUUAUAUUGCUAUUAUUAUUGUAUUAAUAUUAUGACUCUGAUAAAGUAUCUGUUACAUCAUUCAUUAUAAUUCUUAUUGGUGGUGUUAUUUUGUUCAUCAUCAUAAUUAUUGAAAUUAAUAUUAUUAUGCCGUUUUGAUUUUGCAAUGGGUUUUUCAUGCCGACUACAAGAACAAUAAAUAUCGGGUAAAAUGGAAAACUGUAUAAAGGUAGCAUAUUAUUGUACAUGUACAUUUUGUUAAUAUUUUUGGAAUAUGAUAUGACAUUAAAUAUGAGUGUUGGCCACAGA